AUGUCCAAAGCGGUAGGAAGAUCGCCUGUUUUGGCAAGGGCUGUACGGCUCUAUGAGUACGACACCAGCAGCGCGAAAACUGCGUGUUCUUGCAUGACCUGCCUCAUAACACCAGACUACAACUUUGCGAGUUAUUUUCACCUGAACUCACCUCUUCGUUCUUCAUCCAUCCAAAAGCGUAUGAGUCGUCGAAGCCAUGGAGUCGUCGAAGCCGUGUUCGCGUUGCGAGCAGCGACGUAUGUCUACCUCCGUCAUCGACACAACGUAUCAAUCGUGUCUUCUCGAACGACCGAAAAAGCAAAACAAUUCAUACCAUACCACGGCUUCCACUCUUUCUUCUCCGGGAUCCUAGGCGAUAGAAUCUAUGCUCUGCACGCUCUUAUGACAACACGUUUUCAAGCCUUCUUCGUGGGCUGCCUUAGCUCCCCUGAGCUCGAGACACUGCCGAUCGGCGUUCCGAAGACCACAGGGCAUCAUCCGGUCAUGCGUCCCUCUGUCUAUGGCUCGUCCAAGGCUUCUGGGAAUGCUUCUUCUGGGCUUGACUCUCUGCACAAGGAGAAGACUAACGACCUCGAGUUUGGAUACACCAAGGAACGGCCACGCCACGUUUCGGACCUCACUGAUGCUCGCACCCGUCUAUGGAAUCGAACCUCUACUUCCCUGCUCAAUCUUCGCCACGAGGCUGCGAGGACCGGAAAGCUGUCGCGGGACAGCUCGAGCGUUCACACAAGACCUUCCUCACUACCCCGAACGCGCACGCGGACGUCCAACCGAUCACAAUCGAGCCUGUCUUCAUCCCAGUCGUUCUGCCUUCCAUUACAAUACCCUUCAAAUAUCUACUGGUAUCCUCAUCCCUCGUCAAGCUCUGUCAGGCUUGUUUCCGAUGCCCAUCGAUCUGGAAUAAGUAUUCGCUCGACGAAUGCCAUCUCCUCCACAACCAGCGUUCCCUUCGUUCCCUUCACCGGAGCCUCUGCUGCCACUAAUCCACGACCCGACCCACCGUCUCGACAGUCAUCUCAGUCCCGAGGCUUGGCCCGUCGCUCGCAGAGGAGUUUAUCUUCAAUUCCGGAACAAGAAUUCAAGCAGGACCUGAGCCCUGCGCUACCUCCUCUUAAUUUUGGGGUGUCGCCUCCCCUUCCGCCUUCUCCCGUCCAUUAUUUCAGUCACGGUGGUGCUUGGAACGAUAACAGACAGAGGCUUUCCCAUGUUGGAAGUCCGGGCAUGAAACCCAAACAAACCAGCAUCAACUUCUCCGGUCUGCCUGUAGAUUCGAGCGUCCCCGCAAAUACUUUAUCUCUUGUUCGGGAAUCACGCAUAGUUACAAUCCAACCAAGUUAUCCUGGCGGAUCGCCUCCAUCAAGCCAUCUGUCACCCCGGCAGGGAUUCAAUCGUUCGUCGUCGCUUGCGAGCCCCCAAUCUUCCGUCACUAUUCCAAGCACCAGACGCCCUCUAUCCCAGAACACGCAUGGUUUCACUCAGGACCCGACUAAACGCUUCUCAGACUUCUCGGGCGAUCCUGUUGUCCUGUCACCGUCCAUAUCUUAUUCUCAUCCCGCGCCGCAUACUGGUCACGUCACCUUCGAAGCUCCCGUUCAGACGCUCGGGCCAAUUGAAGCGCCGCUUGAGCAUGGGAUGCAUUCUCACCGGCGCAACGUAGCGGAGCAUGAUUCGGGGUCUUUCUGGGAUGAAAGCAGGGGGGCUCACACGUUCACUGGUAAAUCCGACGAUCGCGAGGAAUCUAUGGAUAGCAUGUCCCAGUCCCCAUUGGCGAAUCUUCUCCCGACCGAAGUGUUUGGAGGUGCAGGCAGGGCGGUUUUCUGUUUGGGUCUUCACUUUCUCCCCCAGUCUUUCUAUUCUUUGGUCGCCGUGGUCGCUACUGUCCUAUUCGCUUUCUUAGAAGAGUCCUUUGCGACACCCCCAUUCUCACCAUUUGCAUUCCUAUCCAUCGAAUUCGGAGCCUUGAGCUGCAUUCUCAGACUAACUUACGCCCGUGCCACAACGCCGCGAAGUAAAGUGUAUGGUUUGCUCGCUAGCGCUGAACCAACCGAGCGCAUCAUAAUUAUCAUCGAUUCAUCACAUCUAAAUCUCUACCACGGCACCGGUUUCCCGCAAUCGCGAAUAUGCACCAAGCAGCCUAGCCAGUCACCGACUCAGGUCGCCCGAUGCCUAGCCGAUUCUGACUGCAACCAUCUUAGUAUGAUCUUACGAUCUUACUGCAUGUUGAACGCUGUACGAUGA